CUUCUCCCCACUCCUCACCACACACAAUGUUUAUUUGUGGCUUUCACUUCAAGAAUUUCCCCUGUGUUAUUUUUGCCUAGGAGAGCAAAAAGGCAGCUCCGCUCCCUGCACACAGAGAGGCGGACGUGGAUCACUUCCUAAAACUCACUGAAAGUGAAACCUAGCUUCUUUCCUUAUGAGAAAUCAGGAAUAUCAAUUAAAAGGGAACAGUUGGCAAAGCAAAACAAUUCUGUUACCCGUUGGGACUUCCCCGCACAGAUUGAAUAAUCUCUGGUUAUUUUAGCUGUCUUGGCAAUAAUCAAGACCAAUCAGCAUCAAGGAGGGAAAAGGCUUAGCGUAUAAAUGUACACUGGAAAACACUUUCUCUUAGACACUCCUCAACCUCUCCCAGACAUACAAGAAUAAUACAGAAGAACCUUCACUCUCAUCACCAUGAAGGGAACCUGGGCUGUUGUCUUUUGUUCACUGCUCCUGAUUGCGGCUGAAAUUCAAGGGCAGCCGACCAAUGGAAAAGGACGUUGCAGCUGCGUAGACAAAGGUUCUGAUUUAGUUCAGCCAAAAGCCUUAGGAAAAAUAGAAGUGAUUCCCAAGAGCUCUUCCUGUGACCAUGUUGAGAUCAUUGCAACAAUGAAGGCCACUGGAGUGCAAAGAUGCUUGAACCCUAAUUCCAAACGGGUACAGAAGAUGAUGACAACCCUCAUCAACAAAAGGUCUUCACAAAGCACUCACCGGUAAAGGAGAAGAGCUAAAGAUCACUUCAACAGAGUAAUGAGAUUUUAGGAUUUCAGUGCUAUAGGCUCCCUCUUUGAGCCACACGGACGGGUUAUUAUAUUAUUAUAAUCAUAACUACGAGAAAAAAAAUAAUAUUCUCAGGUAACACAUACUAAGAAUUCCAAGUUAUUGUUUCUAUCAGGUUUGAAAUUAAUGUAAUUAAUAUUAAUUUAUAUAAUAUCACAUAUGAUUGUUGUUCUAGGGUACGUGAAACAUUUGUCUGUAGGCUUUAUAAAUAAAAUUGAAGAAGGCUUAUAAUCUAAAGCUAACCACACUCUGUGUUUAACUGAUGUAUAAACAUUUAUAGAUUAAAUGCAUCUGAAAUAGAACAAAUGGCUAAUAUAAUAUUCACAACAUUCCUUGUGUUAGACUUCCUCUUUUAAAGAUAAACCAAUUAAAGUGAA